UGUCCUGUAUGGCAUUGAAAACUGGUUUGAAAUUCUAUAUUCCAUUUGGAUAUUUGACACUAAAGGCAAAAAUGAAUAGUCUUUUAUCCUUUUAAGUAAAAGGUUGGGAGGGAAUCCAUAUGGCCUACUAAAACCUAAUGCAAAAAAAAGGAGCGCUAGGAUGCUUACCUACUUGAUAACCUCUGGUAUAAUAGAGUAAUGCAAUGUUGUACAAUCCAUCGAACGCCACAAAAAACCCCAGUCUUGACUAGUAAAGAUCCCUUUGCUCGUCAUCCAUGUGAGAAAAUGGAUACAUUAUUAUUAACGAGUAUUAACGCCAAAAAAUCACUUUGGCAACAAGUAUGCGAAGACUACGAAGCAGAGUUGCACAGACCUUCCAGUACUGAUUGUACCGCAAGCAGCUCAGUGAGUUCCCAGGUGUCCCAUUACAGUUCGAGCACACACUCACCCGUCUUCUAUGGACUCACCACGGCCAAGGUCUUUGCAGACAUCAGCCACAUGACAGACUGGGACCCAUUUCCUGACCUUAGCGGUUGCAGCGUAGCAGGAAAACCAUCUUCACCUAGCCAAAAGCACCUGUCAUCCUCUCCACCACUUCCCCUUCACCUUGGCCCUCCGUGGGCCGUGUGGAAUGACAGCGCCUCAGUGAGCGAGGGGAAGAGUUCACUGUUGCUACCGAAACUUAAACAUUCUGUCACGAGUUUCAUGGAGAAGAUUGUGUUUCCAGUGUUGUUGCCCGGACUGGAAGCGCUGUUGAGCGAAGUUCAAAAGCACGAGUGCUCUGAGGAAGACAGAAUGGGAUUCAACCCAUUUGACUUUCUCACCGAGUGGUUAUACAAUCAUAACCCUGGCCGACAUGGGGAGGCGGCCGUAAGGAUCUGGGACAUCCCAUUUGUUAAGGACAUCCUGAACAGGAAUCCCAACCGAGAUCUAGGGGAGAGAUGUGGUGUUGCCAAACUUGUCCAGCAGUUCUGGGCCCUUCAAGACAAUCAAGAGACCAGUGAGAUGACAGAUUCUGGUCCUUUUGAUAUUAUUAGCCACUUAGUUUCCCCAACACCCCCUUGUAUGCCCAAGGUUCCCACACCACCAGCAAUGAAGACCAACGAAGCUACCGAAUGGCUGACCCCCAACCUUUGCAGCGCAGAAGAAAUGUCUUCUACACUAACGUCUAACAACUUCCUGUGUCCCGUGAAAAAUGUCAAAUGUCAAUUUAACCAUAAGAUCCUGCAAUAUUAACUAAACUGGUUUUGCUUUUCAGCCAAUAAUAAUAAACCACUAAUAAACUGA